CGGUACGCAGGUUUUUCACACUCGGGUUUAUCUCCAGCCAUGACUGAGUGAGGAAACAACCCGGAACGGAAUGGCGAUGAAGAGGUUGCGGUUUUCACUCCUUUUCUUGGGAGUUUUCUCGCUGUACUGCGCCACGUUGGCCGACAACAGUGGCGUGAAGAAGAUGAAGAUGCAGUUUGCGACGGGACCCCUGCUCAAGUUUCAAAUCUGCAUUUCCUGAGGGUACAAGCGGGUGUUUGAGGAGUACACGCAGGCCUUGUACCAGCGGUACCCAGACAUCCGCAUUGAGGGAGAGAACUACCUUCCUCUACCCAUCUAUCGACACAUUGCUUCCUUCCUGUCUAUGUUCAAACUGCUGGUGAUUGGGCUGAUUAUCAUCGGCAAGGACCCGUUUGCCCUCUUUGGUGUGCAAGCCCCAGGCAUCUGGGUUUGGGGCCAGGAGAAUAAGAUAUAUGCCUGCAUGAUGGUGUUCUUCUUCAGCAAUAUGAUUGAAAACCAGUUAAUGUCAACAGGAGCGUUUGAAAUCACAUUAAAUGAUGUGCCAGUCUGGUCCAAACUGGAGUCAGGUCACCUGCCCUCCAUGCAGCAGCUGGUGCAGAUCUUGGAGAAUGAGAUGAAGAUGAACGUUCACAUGGACACAAUGUCACACCACCGCUCCUAACCCUACUCUCCUCCUCCCGGCUGGAGCCAAAGGCCCCUCCAUGUUUGAGGUGGGUUUCUCACAGGGCUGUGAAGUGAUGUUUAUGAAGGUCUGUGCUGAAGGCAGGAAGACUGCUAGCACAGAUUGGAUGUCGCCAUCACUCCUCACCAUGCCCCUUCGAGACGUCCCUCCCCUGACGCCAGAGUGGGAUCCAUGGCAAUACUGCUGGCCAUUCUGUCAUUUUGUUAUACUAUUCAAACUACUGCAGAAGUCAUUCUGGUGCAACAUUUGGUAUAGGCUUUCAACAGUCCUGUGGACAUCAGUGGUUCCAUAAGGAGAGAUUUAACAUUGAUUCUUAUAGUCUUUAACUUGUUGCAUAUAAUUGAUCCAUGUGAAUAAAAAUCAUGUCAUUUUUGCCACUGAGCCAUUAUGUAUAAUUUAACUUUUUUUUUUUUUUUUUUUUUUUUUUCCCUGAAGUAGCUUAGCCUUAUGUAGAAAACACAACAGUUACAUCAUGGUCAUUGUCAUGAAAUUAACAUUGGGAUAUUGUGUCUUGAUAUGAUUUCUGAAUUCUAAUUUUUAUAUUUGCAUAGCUCAAUGGAAGCUAAGAUUAAUAAAAAGUAUAGUAAGUAUUUCACUGUGAA